UAUCACUCUUCUGUUUCCUCCAUGCACAACAGCUUUAGCUGUUUUAGUUGUCGAUGAAAAUUCAAGAAUAUAUACGAUGAUAAUGAUGAUGGAAACUAAAAUCUAGAUGCAGUUUAACAAAGCAGAACCUUUUCAUCUGUUCUCGCAUCAUCCCGGACUUUUUUCGAGGUGCACUUGUGCUCUGUGUCUUCAUGCCGAUAAGAAACAAGCCAAGAGAAAGCAAACGCAAACCUCACUAGUUGAAUCAUGGCGCUGCGAGCCUGUGGCUUCAUUGUGUUUCGACGUCUUGCAAGUUGUGCUCCUCCACACGACCCUAUCGAGUACCUCCUCUUGCAGACCUCAUAUGGAGAGCACCACUGGACCCCACCCAAGGGCCACGUGGACCCAGGUGAGGAUGACCUCACCACAGCUCAUAGAGAGACCAAGGAAGAGGCGGGGCUUGGCACAGAGGAUCUUCAGAUAAUCGAGGGAUUCCUGAAGGAGCUUCGCUAUGAGGUCAGAGGCCGACCCAAGGAGGUGCUGUACUGGCUGGCCGAGCUCCGAGACCCGGGGACGAAGGUCACUUUGUCCAGUGAGCACCAGAACUACCGUUGGGCCCGGUUGGAGGACGCCUGCAAUCUGGCCCAGCACAAAGACAUGCAGGACACUCUGAGAGCAGCACACAGAUACUUGGAGGCUCAGCGGGACAAGCAGUGACCUCAUUGAGGAGAGGGUUCAAGCACAGUUUUUCCCAUACUAGAAAG